AUGUGUCAGAGGGGAUUCGUUUUUGCUUUACGAAAAACUGUUUUCUUUUGGCGUGAAAGCAAAUCCACACGACCACAUUUAAAUGUUUUGCAAAAACGUUCUACCAUCGUACUAUGUAAUAUACCCUAAAAACCUAGCUUUAUUAUUUAUUUAGGGGUACAAGAACUUUAUCGGUAAGUACUAACUGUUACUGAAUAAUGGAAGGGAAACGGCUGCGAAGUAAAGCUGGAUCUUGGUUUUAGAUCAGGAUCGGUAAUGAGAAUAAAACGUAAAAGUAAAUGUAAGCUGGCAGCCAAAAGAUAGGGUAUUAUUUAAUUGCCCGAUAUUUUGGUUUGACAAUACUAUCCUUCGUCUGGGGCUGCAAAAAGCAAUAAUAAAUUGUUAUAAAUAAGCGGUUGAAAAAAAAAACAACAAACAGUCGAUAUUUUGCUUCCUCUAUGAGUUGUUGGCAGAAAAGAAAAGACAAUCAAAAAAAUAAGAGUACGAAUAACAAGAAUCUGUGUGUCGAGAAUUUAUUUACUGGGCUAAAAACGUAUAUUAAGAUAAAAAGCAGUCAGCAGGUGUUUAAAAUGGUUAGGGCCGCUUUGUUAAAAGAAGACAAUUUGAGUUGAUAAUCAAAAUUAGUAGAAAAAUAUUGUUGCCAUAGUGAAUAUCUUUGUUUUAUACCCAAGCAUUAUUGAUGGUUAUGGGGUUUCGUUCACUUUAACGAAGCGUGUGUCCUAAUGGGUAUUGCUAUUUUGCUGAAGUAACCGAUGAACUGUUGGCAGGAAACCUAGGGAAAAUAAAACUAAAAAUACGAAUAACAAGAAUCUAUAUGUGUCGUGCAUUUUUAUAUACUGGGCUAUAAAACAUAUAUUAACAUAAAAAGCUGUCAGUUGUUUAAAAUGAUUAGGAACGCUCGUUUAAAAAGACGUGAGCUAUAAUCAAAACUAUCCUGAAGAAAAUUUUUCUUAGUUGCAAGUCAGAGUGGAUAUCUUUAUUUUAUACCUAACUAUUAUUUAUAGUUAUGGGGCUCACUCAAUCGAAACCUUUCUCAACCGACCCGAAAAUUAUAAACAAACCAGUUUGACAUGUUUGGACUGUUAAGACUUCCUUUCUUAUACAAGUAAACUCUAUGCUAACGUCUCUCAAAGCUGGCCGUGCAUGGUGACGAUUAGCAAUUUAAUUGAUUAAAAAUUAAAGGCCCUUGCCAAGUUUCUUUUUCCAGCCAUCUGAAUUGGGUUAAUAACUCACAUGUAUUACGCUCUGCUAGGAAAAUUCUGAAGACUCAAGCAUAUUUGCAUGCAGCUUAAUGUGUUGAAUUUGCGAAUUAUUGGAACUUACAGCGACGUUAAUGAAGAAAACGUCAUACAGACUUGUUACACCGCAACAUAUUAAGACCUUAAAAGUCAUUAAAAUGGCCCGUAAGUCAGUUUCACCUGGCUCAUUAUAGUUCGACUAAUGUUUGUUUGAAAAACUAGACAACUUUGCUGUAUCCUUUUUCCUCGUCUGGUACGACUAAAAACAGAAUUAAUUUUUUUCCUCAAACUUUUGUGGAAAAAGUUAAUAAAAAUUGAAACAAGAAGAAUUUACAAAGGUCAUUAUCUCACAUACAUAACAGACAACAAAAUUACCGCAGCCCAUACAGUUUGAUGUGUUUUCCUACUGUUUUUAACUUCCUUUACUACUGAAAACUUAUUAAAAUCGUCAGUGAGUUAGUUUCAACAGGCUCAUUAAAGUUCGGUGUCAGCUUGAGACACUUCCUUGUUUUUGCUAAACCCUGACUACAACUUUUAAGAACAAAAUAAAACUCAUCUCUUUUGUUUUUGUUUGAAACACGGGCCGUGAUAAUUACAGGACGGUGUGAAAAUUGCAGAAGAAUUAGCAAAUAAAAUAACCGCGUCAGAGCACUUGCACUGAGAUGGUCAUGACGUUUUCGUGCGUUUUCCCUUCACCCUAAUUGAGUCCUAAUUGUUGUAAACAUGUGGAUAUCUUUUUCCAGCCAUCUUAACCAUACGCGUGGUCAGUGAGUACGUAGCGCAUCUACACUGAUUGCAAUGAAGAUGUCUUAGAAAAAUGGUAAAGGAGAAAUAAAAACAGAAAAAGCCAAACAGGAGUUUUGGGGGAAUAGAAGCGAAGACAGCACGCGUAUGUUGAAAAUAAAUUCACCAUAUAGUGGUUUAACGGUAAGCCUUAUUAAUUUCGAUUUGUAUUUCCAUUUUUAAUUUUACUUCCUUUUAGCUGAUUUAACUAUGACAGCGCUAUUGCAAUUAGGUGUAUAUACAGUAUAUCGCUUAAUUUUUGGGAAGGAGUGAUGGCUCAAGCUUAUAGUAAACUUUAAAAAAUCUUGAGUUAUGGGAAUUUCCUUCAAAUUGCUGCAAUGUCAAGUUGCCAAUGCGCCGCCAACAUAAGACCUAAAAAGUUAUUAAAAUUAUGCGUGAGUUUAAGUUUCACUUGUGACAUAACACCUGGCUCAUCAUAGUUCGGUCAGUUAAAUUGAAAAAGUACCGAGACAACUUUGCUCUACCUUUCUUAGCUCUGCGAGCUUUCUUUUACCUUUAGUUAAGAGUUUUUUCUCGUUUAUGACAAUAAAUUACCUCUGAUCAUUAAUACGCGACAAAACGUAUAUAGCCCGUUUAGGUAAAUGGCCUUGACUGUAGAGAUGUCGAAAUGAUAUCAGCUUUCACCCAAAUUCAAAUAGUAUAUAUAAAUAAAACUCUCACUUGCAGGUCAUUGCGCCGGAGAGGAAAAUGGCCCUGAAAAAUUUUACUGAAGACGAAAACCAUAAAACUGUCCAAGAACUGUACUGCUCGGCUGAAUUUGUCAGAGGUGUAGAGAGCGAGCUUAUAUUCGUUUCAGCUCUAAAUAUUUUUCUUUCCAUCACUGCAUUUCUGGGGAACACUCUCAUCCUAGCUGCUCUACACAAGGAAACUUCACUUCAUCCGGCGUCCAAACUCCUGUAUCGUAACCUAGCGGUAACUGAUCUCUGUGUUGGUAUCAUUGUGGAGCCUUUGGCUGUGACUUAUUUGACUUCUGUUGUGUUGUGAACGAAAGAUGGGAUAUUUGUUAUUACGCAUAUUGGGCAGUACUUUUCUCAAGUUUUAUUUUGUGUGCAGUAUCUUUAUUAACAUUGACUGCAAUAAGCGUGGACAGACUUUUCGCCUUGUUACUGGGGCUCAGAUACAGACAAGUUGUAACUUUUAGAAGAACAUGUAUAACUGUGACUGGUUUUUGGAUUUUGUCCAUCGUCAGUGCAUCUGCUUUCUUUUUGAAUCCUCGUAUACCUUCAUGGUGGCUAUGCAUAUUUUCAGCUUUCUGUCUAGUCACCACAAUCUUCGCUUACGCAAAAAUUUUCGUUACUCUGCGUCAUAACCAAAUUCAUGUUCAGAACCCUUCUGCUCAAGGACAACCGAGCCAAGCAAUUCCAUUGAACAUAGUUCGAUACAGAAAGGCAGUGUACAGUGCACUGUGGGUGCAGGGAACAUUGGUUAUUUGUUAUCUGCCGUAUAGUAGUAGCUUUGAAACCUCAGAGAGGGAUGUCUUCAUCCCUUUACCGUGCUCGGCAAUUUACGGCUACUUUAGUGUAUUUGAACUCAUCAUUAAACCCGUUGUUGUACUGUUGGAAGAUCAGAGAAGUGAGGCAAGCUGUAAAAGAAACAUUAAGGCAACUUUUCUGUCGACCGAGUUAGUUUUCUAUGCUUUUCAUAUGUUGAUUCCUGCACUGAUAUUUUGCAGUUAACUGUAAUGUAUUGUAUUGUAAGCUUAUUUUAAAAAACAAGGCAUAUCAACUGUUUUUUCAAGGGAAACUUAUAUUAUUCCUGUUGGUUUAAAGAUGUUAUGGUUGUUAUUUAGUGGCAUGAAGUGUAAAUGGCCUUACGAACAAAUAGGUGAGAAAGAAACAAAUAGGAUGUCAGUAUGUUUGUAUUUAGUAAUACAACAACUUUGUACAUUCAUCCCGCUUUUUUGUACAAAUUUCUUUGCCGUCGUUGCACGACUACGACGUGAAAGUUACUUAUUUCACUUUUUUGGAGGACGUGAACACAAGAAAAUGACUUUCUUUUUCUUUUCCUGAAUUUCGAUACAAUACAGUGCUUAAUAAGAAUUCACGUCCAGAAAAAAUUACCAACAUUUGUCGAAUAUUCAACGAGAUGGAAUAAGUGCGACCAAUUGACUAAAGAGUAGAUGGGCGGGGUUUAUCAACAGCGGCGAAUAUAAAAUUUCUCAUGAUACUUCUGUACCCUUUUGAAUAUGUCCAGAGGCCGGCUUUUCAUCGAAUUUCCCAGGUUUAGAUACCCGUAAAAUUCGUCGGAGGACAUUGUUCUCCGUUACACUGAGCAGGAAGAAGCCAUGUCCAGUAGGUCCUAGCCUGUGUACAGCCGACCCCUGCCCUCUUUUAAAAAACAAAUCUAUCUCUCCCUAUUUUGUUUUAGGGGAGGGGCGUCUGUGCUCAGGCUAUACUUUCUAGUAGGCCCAAACAGAACUAGAGGACCCCCAGCAAAGUUUUAAGAUAUCACGCUUGCAGCUCGUAAGAAUAAGUUUGUUUCAGUCGUGGAACUGAGAAAAAUUAACAUUUGACGUGCCUUCCAAUGGGGAACGUUUGUAUAUUAAAACUUCGAAACUCUUCGAAUGUCAAAAUGGCCUUAAGACCGUUCUCAACACGUUUCCGCCUUUUUAAGCGGAAUUCAUUCUAUGCCUUAUCAGUUAUUCGUAUAUUUGUUAAGUCACGUGAGCUGUUUUACUUAAUUGACGGUUUCCGAUAGCACAUGGACAUGAUUAAAACGGGGCAUUCUAAAGCCCUUACUAAGAGCCAUAGUAAAACGAUAAAAUAAGGCGAAUACAGUUUGAUUAAGUAUUAUGGCUCUUGGUAUUCCCCAUUUUCAGUGACAAGUUUUGACCGUUACGAGGCAAAAAUGAGUCAGGUGACUGAGACUUGAAAAGCUCAUCAAAUGAAUGUAAACGUGGAAAGCCUGUUUGCCAAGUUUCACAAAGAUGGCGGAGAGGAAUGUUUCUCCUUGAAAUCAAAAUCCACGGAAUUCGUGGUUGAGUCAAAGCCUUAAUAAACAUGAGAAGAAGAAGGGUGGCUCCAUCAGCUGACUUUGUAAUUUAAAGUUGAAUAAAAUAAAAUUUUCACUGAAUGACUAAUGAGAUCUAUUGAUUGUCUCGAACAUCAAAACAUGGCUCGUUACAGCACAGGUGUUGGAGUGCUAAAAGCUAGGCCUCGUCGAAUAACUUCAUCGCUCAAGACUAAUUUUUUUUAAAAUUUUUUUUUUCUUGAAAAGCCCCAUAAGGGAAGAGCUCAGAAUAAUUAAGUAUUUAAAUUUCAGUCUCAAUUAAAGACGCAAGACAUUCUACACCUCCUGUGUUGACUUUACCAAUGGUCAAGUUUUAUUGCGUGGGCCGGCUGCAACGUUGGGUAAUAGCUUAAGCCUGAACAAAGUAUCCCUUUGUGGUGAAGCCUCUCCCAUCAAACGAUUAAGUACACUCUUCCCCGCGGCUUAUACCGGUACUGAGCUGCUAUAAAAAUUGAGACAUCUGUUAAAACUUCUGAUCAGUGAAGCAGAAAUAAUUGAGGAGCAAAAACCGCUUUUUUUUCAAAAUGUAAUAUGAGGCAAUUACCUUUUUUGAAAAAUGCUUAAUUUAAGAUGAAGGGUCACCCUGUUUUAAUAACUAAUUUCCUGAGAAUACAGUCACUAACAUUUGCAUUUUUCCUGACAAAACUGAAGGUCUAAGAAAACGUUAGCAAGCAUUAGAAGGCCUUUAAUUUGUUUACAGUGGAUCAUUUUUUGGAUCUUUACAAACCUCUUCUAGCUUGAUGUCGUCGUCCCAAUAUCUGAACACCUAAACAGGGUAUAACCCCUCCGGUGCCCUCUGUAAGAGAUAGGCAGGUGGGCAGUAAUAGUUCGUUUUUUUAAGAGUGAACAAAAGCCCACGUUCGAUAUAUUAAAAUUCUAACAUGACUCCGAGACUCCGAGACUCCAAAACUCCGAGACUUCGAGACUCCAAAACUGCAGGUUUUUUACGACCCCAUUGUCCCGCAAUUCCCGGAAGAGAUUUGAGCACAAAGAACACCAAACCAAGUAUGGAAAAACGACCAGAAAGCCUCGAAGACAUGCAUAUGUUGGAAUUUUAAUAUAUCGCACGUGGGCCAUUGUACUGUAUGUCGAUCAUCUACGACACCUCUAAUAGUUUUCUGUCUCGUUGCAGGUUCAUAAGACCCGCUUGUUUUUGUUAAAAGGGGUGGUUAUAAACAGUUAUGAAACAAGAAAGAUUAAGAACUUUUAAUUAAAAACAGCGUGCGUUUACCUAAUUAGCCGCUCUGACAAGAUAAUGCAACCAAUUGGUGAAAAUAGAAUAUUAAAUACCUAUUUUCUCCAAAGACCCCUUAGGUCUGAACAGGGUUAAAAUACCAGGUACUGAUAUCGGCGGGAAUUAACAUAUCCGUAAAGAGUGUUAUUCAUGUUACAUCGUAUUAUGAUAACAGACACCAAAAUUACCGCAGCCCACACUGUUUGACGCGUUUGCCGACUGUUAAAGAGCGUGUCUCUGUAAGAACCGACCAGUGAUUUCGGAUCAAAAUAUUAAUUUUCCUCAUAUUCUGAGAUAUUAAAGUCUUUACCCAAUUAUUUACAAAAAUGCAUUUUGUUUGACCGAAAAUGCGAAAUAGAAUUUUUUACGAAUUUUUGAAUUUUCGGCCGGUUGGCACCGGCGCCAUAGUCUUUGAAACUGCAAAAAUCGCGUACAUUGUCGGCACUACAGAAAACAAACGACUCAUUCAAGAAGGCCCAUUUUCUUUUUAAUAUACGGAUACGCCACUCUAGAUGUCCUAGCCAUAUCACAUUUCCGAAUUAUUCAUUCAUUUUAACGGCAAGAAUAUUUUUCCUGGCACGUGUUAUCGGCCUUCCAUCAAAACACGAAAAUAGCUCAACUUUGAGGGCACUUUAAAAAAGUGUGGCACCUGUCUGAACUUUGCUAUCUGUAUUAAUACAAACUAGAAAUGAUAGUUAAACGUAAAAAGGAAUAAAAUUUUUGUGCUCCUUACGUUUUCGAACUUGACCGCCGUUUGAAUUUCCAGAAAUUUUGAAGACCUGAUAAUCAACGAACACUUGCCUUGUCGCUUUGCUCGUUAAAGUCCAACUUCACUUGAUGGCUUGGUGGAUCUCACCUUAGUCUACUCUCUUUUGGAAUCGUCUUAUAACUUCCUAGUUUAAAUACAAAGUUGCAGCUUUGUGUCUAGUCACCACAACCGUCGCUUACACUAAAAUUUUCUGUACUCUGCGUCAUAACCAAAUUCAUGUUCAGAACCAUGCUGCACAAGGACAACCGAGCCAAGCAAUUCCCGCACUGAACAUAGCUCGAUACAGAAAGGCAGUGUACAGUGCACUCUGGGUGCAGGGAACAUUGGUUAUUUGUUAUCUGCCGUAUGUUAUAGUAGUAGCUUUGAAACCUCAGAGAGGGAUGUCUUUAUCCAUUUACCGUGCUUUGCAAUUUACGACUACUUUAGUGUAUUGGAACUCAUCAUUAAACCCAUUGUUGUACUGCUGGAAGAUCAGAGAAGUGAGGCAAGCUGUAAAAGAAACAUUAAGGCAACUUUUCUGUCGACCGAGUUAGUUUUCUCCGCUUUCCAUAUGUUGAUUCCUGUUCUGAUAUUUUGCAGUUAACUGUAAUGUAUUGUAAGCUUAUUUUAAAAAACAAGGCAUAUCAACUGUUUUUUCAAGGGAAACUUAUAUUAUUCCUGUUGGUUUAAAGAUGUUAUGGUUGUUAUUUAGUAUCAUGAAGUGUAAAUGGCAUUACAAAUAAAUAGGCAACAAAGAAACAAAUAGGAUGUCAGUAUGUUUAUAUUUAGUAAUACAACAACUUUGCAGGUUCAUCACGUUUUUUGUACAUAUUUCUUUGUAGUCCUUGCACGACUACGACGUGAAAGUUACUUAUUUCACUUUUUUGGAGGACGUGAACACAAGAAAAUGACUUUCUUUUUCUUUUCCUGAAUUUCGAUACAAUACAGCGCUUAAUAAGAAUUCACCUCCAGAAAAAAUUACCAACAUUUGUCGAAUACUCAGCGAGAUGGAAUAAGUGCGACCAAUUGACUAAAGAGUAGAUGGGCGGGUUUUAUCAACAGCGGCGAAUAUAAAAUUUCUCAUGAUACUUCUGUACCCUUUUGAAUAUGUCCAGAGGCCGGCUUUUCAUCGAAUUUCCCAGCUUUAGAUAUCGGUAAAAUUCGUCGGAGGACAUUGUUCUCCGUUACACUGAGCAGGAAGAUGCCAUGUCCAGUAGGUCCUAGUCUGUGUACAGCCGACCCCUGCCCUCUUUUAACAAACAAAUCUAUCUCUCCCUAUUUUUUUUAGGGGAGGGGCGUCUCUACUCAGGCUAUACUUUCUAGUAGGCCCAAACAGAACUGUAGUGUGUUAAGGAUUGGAUUUUUUAUUAUAGAAGACCCCCAGCAAAGUUUUGAGAUAUCACGCUUGCAGCUCGUAAGAAUAAGUUCGUUUUAGUCGUGGAACUGAGAAAAAUUAACAUUUGAAGUGUUCCUUCCAGUAGGGUACAUUUGUAUAUUAAAAAUUCGAAACUUUUUGACGUCAAAACAGGGUCUUAAGACCGUUCUCAACACGUUUCCACCUUUUUACGCGGAAUUCAUUCUAUGCCUUAUCAGCAAGAGCCAUAUUAUGGCUCUUGUUAUCAGUUAUUCGUAUAUUUGUUAAGUCACGUGACCUGUUUUACUUAACUGACGGUUUCCGAUAGCACAUGGACAUGAUUAAAAGGCGGCAUUCUAAAGCCCUUACUAGGAGUCAUAGUAAAACGAUAAAAUAAGGCAAAUACAGUUUGACUAAGUAUCCCCCAUUUUCAGUGACAAGUUUUGAGCGUUACGAGUCAAAAAUGAGUCGCGUGACUGAGACUUGAAAAGCUCAUCAAAUGAAUGUAAGCGUGGAAAGGAAACUGUUUGUCAAGUUUCACAAAGAUGGAGGAGAGGAAUGUUUCUCCUUGAAAUCAAAAUACACCGAAUUCGUGGUUGAGUCAAGCCUUAAUUAUAAUACACAAGAGAAGGAGAAGGGUGGCUGUAUCAACUAACGUUUCAUAUCUCUUAAUAGGAAAACAAAAGGAAAUGUCUAUGUAAUUUAAAGCUGGAUGAAUUAAAAUUUUCACUGAAUGACUGAUGAGCUCUAAUGAUUGUCUCGAACCCCAAAACAUGGCUCGUUGCACCACAGGUGUUGGAGUGCUAAAAGCUAUGCCUCGUACUCCUGACUUUAUCUCUUACGACUAAUUUUGGGUAUAAAGUAUACAGUAGUUUUCUUAAUUUUGGUAUUUACACGAGUGUUAGUUUAUUUUUUGGUAUGGUGGAAGGUUUAUUUCGGGUAACUAUUUUGGUAUCUUAUCCCUCUGGCCUACCCUGUAUACCCAUGUCGCUUAAUUCAUAACAAUCAGUAUUCGGUUGGUCGCGCUCUCAUUUUUCGUGCUCUCGUUUGGCUUUUGUAUCUUUACUUGAGGUUACGUCUAGCGCCAGUAUAAAUUGUAACUAAGUAGUAAGGCUAGCAAAAGCUUAAAAUAAUCGGUAUAUUGCUGCCCUCUACAUCAGUUGUUUAUACACUAGACGUGAUGGGGACGAAAAAGCAUUGAGAGAAAUGACAGGUGUCCAUGAUACUUGGUAAGAAUUAAGGUUAUAUUGAUAACUCCGCACAUCGGUCGUCAGUCCAGUUGAUAAAAGUACCAUUUUGAAGGGCAAAAAUAUUGGCUUCAAAAAUUAGGAAUGCUCGUAUCUAAGAAGAUUAACUGGGCAUUAAAUACAUGCCUUAACUUUUGUAUUCUGCCUAACACAGGUGUCAUGCAAGCGAUAGCAAAAAUUCACCUUAUGAGCACAUAAUAUUAUGCAACAAAAGUAACUUGUACUUUGUACUAUACACCAGAAGGGAUUUUAAUUAAGUAACGUAGAAAGGGGAACGGGAAAAAAAGUCUAUCCAUAUAAAUUCCGCGCGAAAAAACUUGCGUACUGCCGGAAGGUGCUGUACGAAGCAAGUCAGGGAAUAAACCCUGGAAAAACAUGCAGCUGUUCAAGGAACGAGUGUUAUUGUUAGUGGUGAAGUUAUCAUUUAACAUCUUUAGAAACAACACAAAUAACGUACACCAAAAUUAUCGCAGCCCACUGCACACAGUUUGAUGUGUUUGCCGACUGUCAAGACUUCCUUUACAACUGAAAACAAAUUAAAAUCGUCAGCGAGUUAGUUUCAACAGGCUCAUUAAAGUUCGGUGUCAGCUUGAAACACUUCAUUGUUUUUGCUAAGCCCUGACUACAACUUUUAAGAACAAAAUAAGACUCAUCUCUUUUGUUUUUGUUUGAAAAACAGAUCGUGAUAACUAUAUAUUACAGGCGUGAUAAUUACGGACGAAUUAGCAAAUAAACUAACCGCAUCAAAGCACUUGCACUGAUGAGAUGGCUAUGACGUUUUCGUGCGAUUUCCCUUUAGUAUAUCCGCCUAAUUGAGUGCUAAUUGUUGUAGACAUGUGGACAUUUUUGUCCAGCCAUCUUAACCAUACGCUUAGUCAUUAAGUAGGGCAGAUACACCUGAUUGCAAUGAGCAUGUCUUAGAAAACUGGUAAAGGGGAAUUAAAAAAAAAAAAAACAAAUAGGAAUUAAUUAGGCCUGCUAAUAAAUCUAGAAAGGAGUCAGAAAGGGAGCAUUUAUUUGCUGCGUAGGCGUUUUGGGGGCAUAGAAGCGAAGACAGUACGCGUAGGUUGAGAAUAAAUUCACCCUAUAGUGGUUUAACGGCAAGCCGAAUUAAUUUCGAUUUGUUUUUUGCAUUUUAAAUUUCAAUUCCUUUUAGCUGAUUUAACUAUGACAACGCUAUAGCAACUAGGUGUAUAAUACAGUAUACCACUUAAUUUCUGGGAAGGAGUGAUGGCUCAAGCUUAUAGUAAACUUAAAAAAAGAUGUAAUGAGUUGUCGGAAUUUCCUUCAAAUUACUGCGAUGUCAAGUUGCCAAUGCACCGCUAACAAGAGACCUAAAAAUGUAUUAAAAUCAUCCGUGAGUUUAAGUUUCACCUGUGACAUAACACCUGGCUUAUCAUGGUUCGAUCAGUUAGACUGAAAAAGUUGCAAGACAAGUUUGCUCGACCUUUCUUGGCCCUGAGAGCUUUUUUCUUUUACGUUUAGUUUAUAGUUUUUGCAAGUUUAUGACUCUAUAAAUUACUUCUGUUCAUUAUUUAUUAAUACGCGACAAAUUAACGUAUAUAGCCCGUUUAGGUAAAUUGUUUUGUAGCGAUGUCGACAUUAUAUCAGCUUUCACCCAAAUUAAAAUCGUGUGUAUAAGUGAAACUCUUACUUGCAGGUCAAUGCGCCGAAGAGGAAAAUGGCCCUGGAAAAUUUUACUGAAGACGAAAACCAUAAAACUGUCCAAGAACUGUUCUGCUCGGAUGAAUUUGUCAGAGAUGUUAAGAGCCAGCUUAUAUUCCUUUCAGCUCUAAAUAUGUUUCUUUCCAUUACUGCAUUUCUGGGGAACACUCUGAUCCUAGUUGCUCUGCACAAGGAAACUUCACUUCAUCCGCCGUCCAAACUCCUGUAUCGUAACCUAGCGAUAACUGAUCUCUGUGUUGGUAUCAUUGUAGAGCCUUUGUUUGUGACACAUUGGACUUCUGUUGUGAAAGAAAGAUGGGAUAUUUGCUAUUACGCAUAUUGGGCAGCACGUUUCUCAGGUUCUAUUUUGUGUGCAGUAUCUUUAUUAACAGUGACUGCAAUAAGCGUGGACAGACUUUUCGCCUUGUUACUGGGGCUCAGAUACAGACAAGUUGUAACUUAUAGAAGAACAUGUAUAACUGUGACUGGUUUUUGGAUUUUUUCCAUCGUCGGUACAUCUACUCUCUUUUUUAAUCGUCGUAUAACUUCAUGGUAUCAAUACAUAGGUACUGCUUUCUGUCUGGUUUCCACAAUCUUCGCUUACGCAAAAAUUUUCGUUACUUUGCGUCAUAACCAAAUUCGUGUUCAGAGCCAGGCUGCUCAAGGACAACCGAGCCAAGCAAUUCCAUUGAACAUAGCUCGAUACAGAAAGGCGGUGUACAGUGCACUGUGGGUGCAGGGAACAUUGGUUAUUUGUUAUCUGCCGUAUAAUAUAGCGGUCGUUUUGACACCUCAGAAAGGGAUGCCUUUAUCAAUCUACCUUGCUAGGAAUUUCACAUUUAGCAUGGUUCUCUUAAACUCGUCAUUAAACCCGUUACUGUACUGCUGGAAGAUCAGAGAAGUAAGGCAAGCUGUAAAAGAAACAUUAACGCAACUCUGCUGUUGA